CCUAUCCUUUCUUUCUUCUGUCUGUCUUCCCCAGACAAACAUACAUGGGAAAAUUCCGAAAAACACCAGACCGAGUCACAAGGAAUACUCUAUCAGUUUGUUUGGUCUUUUGUUUCAGAAUACCACAGUCUAAAAUUGGCUUUGAAGCUGAAUUCAAUCACCACCUCACAAAAAACAAAAAAAACAAUCAAAAUUUCAUCCCCCGCCAUGCAUGCAAAUCACGUCCACGUAUCAAUCACCAAGUGAAGCACACAAAUUAAGCCAAAGAACAACCUCACUCCCCCCUUAUAUCCCUAUCCCAUCAACAAUAGCAACAAACAAAAAAAAAUCAUCAACCAACAGAAACAAACCAGACACGAACAUCUCUGUUUCGUUCACAGAUCGAAUUGUACCGAAUCGAUAUGCUUCCGAAACUGCUCCUAGCCGCCGUGGCACUUGUGGUGAUGCUGGUGGGGACGGCGGAGGCACAGACAGGGAAAGCAGCAGAGAGCCGGAUGGCGGCGAGUCUGGAAGAACAAGUGGGGGUGGCCGGAAUAAAGAAGAUGGCGGAGGAGUUCAUCCAGCCGGCGGCGGGCCGAAUCUUCAGGAGGAAGCUCCAGCAGAGGGAUCGGUACAUUACGUACCAAGCGCUGAGGGCGAACAGCAUUCCCUGCGGGUGGAAAGGGAACUCCUACUACGACUGCAGCUACCGCAUCCGGGCUAACCCCUACACCCGAGGUUGCACCGAAGCCACCCGCUGCUUCCGAUACACCCAUUGAUCAACUGCUCUUUUUUUUUUCUUUUCUUCUUCUUCUUCUUCUUCUUCUUCUUCUUCUUCUUCUUCUUCUUUAAUUUGAUUAAUUAAUAAUUUGUUUAUUAGAUUGAUUGGAUUCUGUCGCGGCGUAGUUUGUAAUGCUUUUUUUUAUGUUUGAUUAGGGUAAUAAUAAAUUGCUUGCUUUUUCCAGCUGGAUCCCUUUUUUUCCCUCUAAAUCAAGUCGAUUUCCCUAUAUCCUUCCUCUUUUACACCAGUAAUUUCUUUGUUUUUAACUAAAUGAGAAUGAUGAUGAUCCUAUUUAUCAUGCAAUUGUGAUUGUUGCUUUUCAUUCUAGUACAAAGCUGCAGCAUUUGAAUGGGGUAAGGUUUGAUGAAAUUAACAAUGUGAAAAAGAAAUUCCAACAUGAUAUUUCUUCAAGCCAAUUCAUUACUAUACGCUCUGAUAAGUAAGUAGUGCCGUCUAUCACUUUUUCCCGUCGAUAUCAAGUGACAGAGAAGGAAAGAAUGUUCAAAGUAUGCAACGAAAAAAAUUCAUAUAUAGUUGUACAUAUUAUCACUUCAAAAGACGAAAAAAUAAAAAGAAGAAAAAACUUACCUCACUGUGUCGAUUAACAAUUGUUUAACAUAUGUUAUUCUGAUGAGAUCGGAUUGUAAGUGAUUGUAGAUAAGAUCUCCAAUCUGGUCGUAGUUGAGCAAGGAAGUACUAGCUAGGCAAUGCAUAAGGGGAAUAUUCCCCAUAUAAUAAUAUAAGUAAAGUAGUUCCUCUCCUUUUCCAAGGGAAAGGAAAUCACCAUGAUGCAUGAGAUGGUUGUCACGCCGGCCGGCGUGUCACCGGUUGUACCGGGUUCAACCGGUACCGGUCAUAAAACCGGCGUGACAUUAUCGGUAUGACCGGCAUGAUCGAUAUACGAAUCUCUAAGUAAAAUGACUUUAUUUUAGAGAAUUUAAUUGAUAAAAAUUAUUUUAUUAUUUGUUUUAUGAGUAUAAAAGUUAAAUAUUGAUGUUAUUUGUUGGAUUCAAGUAUAAAUGCUUAGGUAUUGACGUUAAAUGUCAUGUUUAAAUAUGAGUAUUUAUAAUUUUAUUUGUAAUAUUGACCGGCAUGAACCGGCACAAACCGGUAUGUGCCACCGGUUGAACCAUUCCAUUUGCUAAACCGGCACACUGACAUAAACUGGUUUGACAACCUUUGAGACAUGUCCAAUUCAAAAGCGAACCAGCUUUACCACCAUCAUCGAAAUGCAUUAAUUAAUUAACAUGUGUAGAAUAAUGAAGGGGGCAUAUCGUUGUUCGCUAGCUGUUGCUUUUGAUGCAUAAUGAACCGCAAUGAUGCAGCCAAGUUGCAGCUACAAAGAUGUCGAGAAAGCUAGCUCGAGAGGCGCCAUUGGCUACGUUACGUUGGAGAUGAUUAAUUAAGAUUCGGUUAAUUUGUAUUUGGAACUUGGAGCGAGCUUUAUCGAUGAUGAUCUCUAGCUCUAAGCAUCAUUACGAACGCAACGGCAACAUUCAGCAGGCUGGCUCCCCCGGCCCGGCCGGCCAAGUUUGUAUAAUGAUGAUGACAAUUGUUUGCCGGGAAGAGAUAAUUAAUUAAUGUAGUCAAUAAUAGAUUUUGGGAUAUGUCUGUCUCCUUUGAAAGGCAAACCUAGGGUCAGUUUGUGAUGAUAAUUAACUAAUUCAACUAAUACUUCACAUCUUCUUUUUUUGUUUCUCAAAGCUAUCAACAUCCUACUUCCUAUGGAAGAAAGAAAGAAAAUGGAUCAUUACUUCCACAUUGAGAAUUGGUUCUCUUCUCAAAUGCUGGAGCCAUAACUUUAUAGGAGAAAAAAUGGAUCAUUAUUAC